AUGGGGGCAGCGGCAACUAAUAACAACACUAGUUUACCUGCCACUGUACCUCGUCUCCCAACCACUUCCACAAUUCCGCCUUUCCGCCUCAGCACAAGUCCACCUGCACAACAGUUCCGCAUCCACGAUGAUGAACUAGGUAAGAAGAUUUGUAUGGCCGUUCAUGAAUUUCAGUUAAGUAACUCCUGGGAGACGUUUGCUACGGCACAGAGAGGAUCAGCUCCAGAUAUUCUUGCGCCCAAUGUUAGGCAUCUGGCACAUCCAGCUGCACACCUCCUCGAUCACCUUCGAAAUCAUGGCGCACCCAUACCGAUGUCUACACUACCUUGGAGCGCACAACGACAAGAUGACGCCGUCGCCCGAGGUCCUCACAAGUCUACAAAAGAUGAAGUGUCCUUCAUCCGAGAAGAGUUCACUGAUUUUCUCAACAAGAAAUUCUGGACCAUCCUACCCUAUCGACUCGUGCGGCAUCUACAGAACUUGCGACUCAGUCCUCUUGGCGUAGUUCCACAACGGGACAGACGGCCCCGACUGAUAGUUGACCUUUCUUUCUUUGGCAUCAAUCAAGAAUCCGUCCCAAUUGCGCCAUCAGAUUCCAUGCAAUUUGGACGUGCCCUUCACCGCAUCCUGCAACGAAUCCUACAAGCCAACCCUCUACAUGGGCCUGUUUACAUCUCCAAGAUUGACAUUGCUGAUGGUUUCUACCGCAUUCAAUUGGCACCUUAUGCCGUCCCACAUCUGGCCGUCCUACUCCCGCAACACCCCAACAAAGAAGCCAUGGUUGCCUUUCCCUUGGUCCUCCCUAUGGGCUGGGUCAAUUCGCCACCAUACUUCUCGGCCGUCACCGAAACUGGAGCGGACCUGAUGAACCGACACCUCAAACAGCGCCCCCAAGAGCCACCUCAUCGCCUAGAGAGCUUGCCCUGA